AUCCACCGUUAAUUCUUCUGUCAGUCAUCUUCUUGCCUAUCCUCAGCUCUGUCAUCGCAUCAGUCUGUCUUCUCCAUAUUAUCUUUCUGUUCGUCUUGACUACUGCAAUUAGAAGGGCUCCCGACAAUGAAUUAUCGGUUGUCCGGCUCUCAAUGCCGGUUGGACAGCGACGCUAUUCCACCCACAAGGAAGACGAGGCCAUACCACCGGAAGUCACGUCGACGCUAGUCCACCCACAACGAAGACGAGGCCAUACCACGGGAAGUGACGGCGAAGCUAGUCCAACUGCCACAAAGGAAACUCAAAUAGCUUGGCAAGAGAACUUGAUUGUCAGUUGAGAUUUCUCUAUUUCUGGACUCUGAGGUCUCAUCAUUUUACAUCGGUAUAACCCCUUUCUUAUGAUUUCAAGUUUCUAUUGAAUUAAAUCUACAAGUUAGUCAUCUAGUGCGCAAGUUUUGAUCUGUUAAGGUUUUAGAAAAAUGAAUAAUCUGUUAAGAGUUAGAUUUGAUGGGUCAGCAUUUGGAAAUGCUAUUGCAGACCGUGCCAGUAGAUGAGAUGUAGGUAUUCAUGGUUUGCACUAGUAUUCUGGACUCCAAAGAUAGUUAUACACUCCUUUCCCUCUGAAUUGAUGAUCAAAUUGAAAGUUUGAUGCCAACGAUCUUCAGUGGGUGAAUGUAGAUGAAUUUGUAUAGAAUAUUCUCAGCGUAGUAUUCAAAAAUUCUUGUUUAGAAAUGAUUUGGGUAAAAUGGAUAAUGAUUCAUAAUUUACUCUAUAGAAGCCCAGUAUUCAAAAAUUCUUGUUACAAAUGAUUUGGAUAAAAUGGAUAAUAAUUCCUAAUUCACACUAUAAAAGUUCAUCGAUUCAGUUAGUUUUGUGUUCUUCUAUUUGAAAUCGGCGAGGUUUGAACUUGGAGAUGCUAUUCAGGUAUGAACUAUGACUUUUGAACUAUGAGAUGGAACUAAAUCACACCUACCUUCAACAAUUAAUCCUAAUUUUUAUUUAAUUUGUCUGAAUUCAUAAAAUGAGCUUGGGCUUGGGCUUCCUUAGAUUGAAUCUUUGACUAAAGUUCAUGCUUUGUUAUAUUAUGGUUCUUAUGGUUUUAGAUUAUCUAUUUGGGCUAGUUUUCUCUACACAGCUCCAAAACUUUGGGCGGGGAAUGAGGUAAUUGAGAGGGUGUUGGCAUAUAGAAUGCUAGAAUGCAGACAUAUGUACUCAGCUUCUCUUUAGUAUGUAUGUAGUCUCAAUUUGUCAUGGGAUUUUUUUGUGAAAGUUUGCAUAGCCAUUAAAGUUAUUGAUUUAUGAUAUAAGUUUAAGGACAAAGGUAGUUGAUAACUAUAACUUUACACUACGUGGUUGACAUUUUUCAGUUAGACCUUAUUGUUGAGACUUAGUAUGUCAUUAUGACCCUUUCAAUUUCAUCAUUCUCAUGGUUUAAUUUGUAAUGUUUAUGAUUCAGAAUUGGUCAUUGUGAGGGUGAAGGUUGUACACUAAAUCACCAUGAUAGUGAUCAUUUCAGACAUGAAUAAACUACUGUAAUGGAGUUGUAUAUUUAAAACUUUUAAAGUGAUAUUUUUAAGAGCGACCUCAUUCUUGAAGGAGCUAACCUAAAAUCAGUUUACAACACCCUGGUGCAUCAUACCACCAUGUCAUUGCUUCUGUUUCUUCCUGUUGUGAAGUACAUGUGGAAGAAGAUUCAAGAAGUGAAGCUCCUAGACCAGAAAUCAAGGAGGUACUGGGAAGGGAGAGGCGCGAGGAUGAAGCGGCACAGCAUGACUGAUUCUUACUUCCCACCUUGAGGGCAAGGUGGUUGUCAAAGGGGGGAGUAUGAUAGAGACCUAUAUAGUACUAGUAAUAAGAAUAAUACCAGUCUUUUAAUAAUGUACAAUAAAAGGGCUUUGGGCCUGGAUUAGAUAGUACUGGGCUAGCCCAAAUGGAAAAGAAUAAAUAGGAGAUUGGGGGAGUAGAAGAGUUAGGGAGAUUUUGGAUUGGACUGGGACUUUGGGAGAGACGAGGCACUCUCGAAUUUGCCUCAUCUGUAUCGUCACUUUCAGUUUCUUCAAUUUCAUUUUUCAUAUUCAACAAUUUCUGGUCAGAUCUGCGUGUUCCUAUCAACAUAUCUUGUUGUGUAUAAUUGCAUUACCAAUACAUUUUAUAUAGUUUUAUUAUACAGCCUUUGAAGAUGCAGCUUCUAUGAAAUCGCAAUUGAUACAUACAUAUAGUAUCCUAGCUUUUCUAUUUUUCUGUUCUAAUGACUUUAAUGCACGUGAUGUUCAAGAUGAGACUCUUAACAUACAAAAUUCUCUUGCUUGAGGUUUCUCAUAGUAGGGGCAUCCUAGCCGGCGUAAACGACUUGCAGAACAGGUCUAGGACAUCUACCUAUCUUCACGGGUGUUGUAGAAGUGGAAGGUGUUAAAUUUAGUGGAGAGCCAUCUAAAAUAAACACCAAGCUGUUGAAAAAAUGCAGCCAUGGCAGCUUGCUAGUCCCUAAAAUAAUACACCAGCAGGUAGAUAUCUUCAUUCUUCUGUGCAUGGUCUGCUUGAUUUUGAAGAUUUUCUAGGGCUAAUCCAAGAGACGGUAAGGCUCAUGUCUUGAUAAUUUAUUGAUGUACGUAGUAUUUAUUGAUAAUAUUACUGGCAAUCGUUUCAUCAGGUAUGGAAUUACCCUUUUGUAUCAUGAACCGUUGUUAUUCAUGCUAAAGCCCAAAUCUAUUUGAAGACUUCAAAAACACUGGUUGAGAAGACAAUAUUUCAUAUUUAUAGUUCCCAACUCUGGCUAAUUUGCAGAAAGAACUGGGAACAGAAAUCACCUACCAUGGGAGUAUGUAGACUCAAGGGUCUGGAGUUACUACGGUGCAUAUCGAAUACAGCCAUUGGACUGGACUGAAGUACAGAAAAAACUCCGUAGAAGUGCGGAAAGAAGACACCGAGUUUGAUGAAGAGUUUGGUACUUUGGCGUAGGGGUUAGAGUUUGUUGUAGGGCGUUGUUAUUAUAUUCACACACUAAUGUGUCGUACGUUGGCUUUGUAAAGAUUUGGGGUUUAAAGUUGCCUAAUUGUAGUUGUAUAAUUGUAGCCUAACUGUAGUUGUAGAUCUCUUUAGGAUACGUAGGAUGCAUUUUUAGGAAAAAUAUAUUAUUUCUACUUUUUAAUAAAUAAUUAAUUUGUGUUCUAUUGUUAUUUUAACCCAAUGAUGU